GAGCUGAAAAAUCCCGUUUUGGAUAGGAGUAUGCGAAAUAAGAGUUGACCCCACGAAAAAAGAACAAUUGGAAUUAGGCAGGUAUGGCCGGACGACACCAUCCUCCGCCGCCAAAAGCCGUAAACCUCCGCGAAGCCCCUCCGUCCCGAUCAAACCCCGCAAUUGGAGACCACCGACUCCUCCUCCACCACGCCCAACCCUCGGCGGGUCUCGAAGACUGUAUCGCAAUCCAGCACCGCGAGAUCCAAACCCUUCUCAUCGACAACCAGCGCCUCGCCGCCACCCACGUGGCGCUCAAGCAGGAGCUCGCCUCCGCCCAGCAGGAGCUCGCCGCCCUUUCGGCGGCAGCCGCGACUGCCAAGUCCAAGAGGGACGCUCAGGUCCGGGAGGUCUACGAGCGCUCGCUGAAGACGGACGCCGAGGCACGUCUGAUAGACGCCAUUAUCACGGAGCUCGAUCAGGUGCGCGGGGACGUGCAGAAGCUCGGCGCGUCGCGGAAGGAGCUCGCGGUGGAGCUGCGGGUGGUCGAGGAAGACGCCGCGAGAGCCCGCGAUGAGGCGAAGCAAGUGCCGUCCAUCAAGGCAAACACUGAGAGCCUCCGCCGGGAAAUUCAGAGAGGACGGGAUGCAAUUGAACAGGAGAAGAAAACACGCAUCCAUAACCUGGGGCACCGCGAGGCAAUGGAGAAAACCAUGGUUUCCAUGGCUCGUGAUAUCGAAAAGCUAAAAGCCGAGCUAGCUAAUGCAGAGAGUCGAGCAAGGGCUGCGGCUGCGGCAAACCCAAAUCAUGGUUAUGCUGCAAUUCCUGGCAACACUGCUAUGGGUUAUGGAGGACAAUCAUACCCCGAUCCCUAUAGCAUACAUCAUCAGGUUCAAGUUGCUGAAUCUAAUGCUCAGUAUGGAUCUGGUCCAAUACCACAUGGCUCCAUUGACAUACAGCAGACGAAUAUCUAUAGAUAAAGAUUUCCAUUAGCUGUUGGAAUAACCAGAAAUCAAAUGUAUGUUUGUCUUGCUGACAUUUCAUUGUCUGAGUUUUAGCUAGAAUUUUGGCAUCCUCCAUUGAUUUUCUCAGCCUUCCUCCUUCAAUGCCUGAGAUAUGUGUAUAGUUCUAGUAUUAUUGAAUGAUUAUUUAGGCUUUGUUCAUGUCAAUCAUUCGAAUCAUAAUUCGUGUUUUCUCUAACAGAAAUUUAAAUUCAACUUUUUCUGCUACA